AUGGGGCAAGGUUUAUCAGCAUCGUGGUGGCCGAAGUCAAUUCAACAAAUGUUCGGCCAGGAAGAGAAGUCUGAUGUGGAUGAAGAAGUUGCCCCAGCUUUCAAUCAGCAUGAGGAAGAACAGAGAUAUGAAAUUGAAAAUGCUAACUUCCACGAAGACAUUGAGGUUGCACAACCUACAGUGGAAAGAAUUAUUGAAUUGAAGAUAGAAGCGAAACAGGAAAUGAGAAAAUGGACAUUGGAUAGACUGGCGCCGAAAGGACUUGAUGAGAUGUUUCAACCGUUUAUAUCCCACGUCGUGAGAAACCGAGAGCUGGAAAUGGUUUAUUUGGUGUUAGUGUUGGAGGCAAAAGCUAAUGAGAUUCUCAAAUGGCAAGAAGCGAUAGUGCUCGCCAAGUCAAAUGAUGAUUUCAAAAUUCAAAUGACUGGCUUAGUUGCUGGAAUUAACGACACGUAUAUUAUCAUGGAGAAAUUUCAUCCAAUGAUUAGCCGAUUUGAGAAUCCUUACAACUCAGUGGCAAUGUUAAAAGAGAUUUUCGGUGAAAAUGUUGAUGUUCGAUAUGAAAUUGAUUGCGAGCGGAGGCCAGAAUACAUGCAUGGAGAAGAAAUCGACGUGAACGAAGGUGUUAUUAUCCAAGAAUUUCUGGAUUACAAAUAUUAUUUGAUGUCAAUUAUCAAUUUGAUCGAUCAAGUACUGAUGCAAAAGCCGAAAGAAGAUUAUAGGAGAGGCUGCUAUGCGUAUCCCUAUCGCAACGACACGCUUCUGAAUUACCCGUUGUCCAACAAUCCCAUGUUCAACAAAAAAACCAAGGCCCAUUAUCGGCGCGUUUGGAAGGAAUUCAUGGGUAGUCGUAAAUAUAAAAAAAUGGAUCCUAAGAAGAAUUUGCUACGCAACAUGCCAAUUGCGGAGCUUGACAAUAUUUUUGAAGAGCAUAUGAUGAAUAUCGCUGAGAAAUAUCCUUUGGUAUACCGCCUUCAAAAUGAAUUGGUUCAUACGAAGGGCGAUGAAAACUAUAUCCGGAAACUUAAAGAAUUGUUGAAUUCGACAUAUCAGACGGUGAUUUUUUUGAAGAAACUCGUUGAUAUUGCUUUGGAAGCUUCUCUUCUCUUCCCCGAACUGUCGCAUGUUUGCAUGAAAUUUCAUUCAAAAAUCCGCGACAUUGCCAGCAAUUGGACACAACUCAAAUUUCCAUAUUUGCCAAAUUCGGUAUAUUCGUUUGAUCCGGUGCACGUUCCCAGAAUAUCGGAUUAUUGUCUGGAAGUGGCCGUCGCGGCUCAAAUUAUCGAUAAGAUUGUGGCAAAAGCGAAGGAAAGGUCUAGUUAG